AUGGUCCUGUGCUUCCUAAACUGUGUAUACGAGGAUGUUUUGGGGCGGAUCUCCCUGUCUACACUUAUUUUUCCUAACUGUUCCUUCCCGGCAAGAUCCAUUUUGGGAGACUAUAAGCUAACGCCAACUUUUCCUCUAGCUGCCAUCGUCGAUCCUGCUGGGUUUAACAAGCCCGACCGCACCUUGAGCCCAAACAGCCUGCCUGAGGAAGAGCGCCGGAAGCUUAUUGCUCAACAACGCCAGGCACUGUACGGCGAGGGUGAAUUUCCUGGUGGCCCCCCUCCUCCCCAGGCUCGCGGCUUCUAUGGCGGGGGUCCCAUGUAUGAUUCUGGCCGUGCUUCUUUGGGCCAGAUUGAUCCCAGCGCCCAGGGUCCUUUGGAGGGCGGACAGGGACUUGCAUCUGCCGGAGGCAACGACCAGGCACGCGCCAACAGCAACUCGAGCCCUCAGUCGAACCCCGGCGGUGGAGGAAAGGGUAUGUACGACGCCCCUCUGGCUCAGCAAACGACUCGCACCAGCGCUUCUUCUCCCGGAGGGUCCCCGCCUCGCCAGGCCUCUCAGGGCGGCAAGCCCGGCCAGGGGUCUGUUGCUCCCAUUGGGACUCGCCCUUCGGUGAGCGGCGGAUCGCCGUCGAACCCGGUUUUGAACAAACGGUCGACGACUCCGUUGCCUUCGCCUUUGAGCCAAGGUUACAGUGUUGGGGGUGCUGAGGAUAACGGGGCGGCCCUUGCUCCUGCCUCGGCCACGGCUGAGACUGCUGGGAAUGUUGGGCUGGGCGGCUGGGGUGGCGGUCGUGGUGGUUGGGGCAAUAGCAAGCCCCAGGCUAGCGUCUGGGGUUAA